UCCCGGCUAGCUUGCUGCUGGCCCAGCCUGCGCGCGCCGGCUCCCGGCUGGAGUCAGCCCAUCUGCCCACCGCUCUGGGGACUUGCCCCUGACCCGCUUGCGAGCCGGCAGCCGGGCGCACCCGGAGAGGACAAGGAGGAGCCAUGAGCCGCUUGCCCGUUAGGGUGGCGGCGCUGCUGUUGGGGCUGCUGGUGGAGUGCACAGAGGCCAAAAAACAUUGCUGGUAUUUUGAAGGACUCUAUCCAACAUAUUAUAUAUGCCGCUCCUAUGAGGACUGCUGUGGCUCCAGGUGCUGUGUGCGGGCCCUCUCCAUACAGAGGCUGUGGUAUUUUUGGUUCCUCCUGAUGAUGGGUGUGCUCUUCUGCUGUGGAGCUGGCUUCUUCAUCCGGAGGCGCAUGUAUCCCCCACCGCUGAUYGAGGAGCCUGCUUUCAACGUGUCCUACACCAGGCAGCCCCCCARCUCCGCUCCAGGAGCCCAGCAGCCGGGGCCGCCAUAUUACACCGACCCUGGAGGACUAGGAGUGAAUCCUGUCGGGAAUACCAUGGCAAUGGCUUUCCAGGUCCAACCCAAUUCACCCCAGGGAGGCACAGCCUACCCACCCCCUCCUUCCUACUGCAACACACCCCCACCCCCCUAUGAACAGGUGGUGAAGGACAAGUAGCAAGAGAAUGCUCGUUGGAGGUGGAGAGGUGGGACGGGGCUCUUCACCAGGCCCUUCCCAUCCCCAUGGAUGUUCCCAUCCCCAUUGAAGUUCACUUCCAGGGACGGUCCAAGGGCAAACUCCUCUUUGAUAUCUUCAAAGCAAGCACAGCUCCCUUUCAAGUUUUCCGUGGAGGACAAUAUUUGAAUUCACACUGUGUCUCCUCUGUUGCUUCUGUUUCUAAUGUAAUCUGUGCUCUCUAGCAGUGUGGCAACAACCCCAAGGGUUAACAUUCUUGGGUGGUGUGGCCAGAUCUUCAGGAGAGACUAAAAGGAAGAGGAAGGCAGAGCCAGCCUGUGAGAGGGACCGAUGGAGGAGCCAGCCCAGGCGAGCCCUGCAGGCAGCAGGCAGCACAGCCCAUGAAGCCAGAUGAGGUUGGGCAGGGUGGCUGCCAGCCAUCAAAGCCCAUUUUUCCUCUUCCAGAAGCUGUUGGAGAAAUAUGCAAGGGGGAAAAGACUCUUGACACUUUUUUUUAAUCUCUCACAUCCUGAAGAUAGGCUUCCUUCUGCCUAAACAAGGAACAGCCGAGUGCUGCCGCUUCCACCUCCAGAUGGAUCUGAAUCAGGCUCACGUUGGAUGUCUGCGGUUAUCUGAAGAUCAAUAAAGUUAUUUAAAUUUAUGGGAAAUUGAUCCCUACUCCAAACUGGGACAUUUCAUUUUAUAAGCCCUUGUUCUGACUUGGGGAGAAAAAUAUAUCCCCGUUUUUAGUGCAUUCUUGGAAGUACAUGUGUAGUGUCCUGUCCUUUGAGAUCAGAUAGGGAGUGUGUCCUCCCUGGAUGCCAGUGCCCAGAGGGCUCUUGCAUCCUUCCCCAAGGCAGCUGUGGGUGGAUUUGAUGGGCACUUUCAAAGCAGAAGGACACAUCUGGCUGGGAAAUCACAUCAACCUUCAGAGGGAGAAAAAACAGCCAACAUGCCCAGCAAGGCACAGCCAGCCUUGUUGAACCAGAGAGGGAGGCAGUUGUGUCUGAUCUGAGCAGUAGUGUGCUGGGCUCUGAAGAUAGGGAGCUUACUGAGAAAGAUGGAAAAAGUACUGAUUUCAUUUACUGACCAUGUGAUCAAAAAUAGAAUAAAGAAGAUGUUAGAAAUGCAAAUCCCCAGAGGAGAAUCCUAUCUUGCCCCAGGGUCUUAUAGUAGUUGCAGGUUUUGUUGACAGAUAGCAGGGAGUUCUGUUCCUCUGCGGUAGUUAGCAGUGUUGACAUGUAUUUAAACCCAGAUUGAGACCUGCCCGUGUCGUGUGUACUAAGAGCAAAGCAGCGUAGCAAAGAUACCUAGAUUACUCUGUGUGUAGUAUCAUGGGGAGUGGGGCUGGUGGGGGGUGUUGCUUAUUUUUUAAUUGACCUAGUCAAAGCCUCUUAAGAAAUUGCUACUCAUUGAACUUUGUGCAUCAAGAUGUCUCUCAGGAGCAGAUGUGGGAUGGUUUUCAUUCCCCCAGAUCAAGAAGCACAGUGUCUUUGCUCUGCUGGGGUAUUUAUGUGAGAUGAAGGGUGAGGAAAAGCAGUGGGGCUCAAGUAACUGUGCGGACUUACUCUAARGACAGAGAAUGUGGGGACCUCCAGGGAAUUCCACGGGAAGUG